AUGGGGAUGAUUAGAACCCAAAAUUUCCAACAGACGUUUAGAAUGUUGAAAUUGAGCAAAUCUAUUGGUACCAAUAGAUUUUUCCAAAACUCUUCAUACCAUAUCCUUUCAGGCACUAAAACAGCUAAAGAAUUGAGGGUGCAAGCUUUUAAGGAAAUCGAAGACAUUAAGAAAUUGAAUCCAAAUUUCAAACCUACUUUAAAGAUUAUUCAAGUAGGCAGCAAGCCCGAUUCUUCAACAUAUGUUAAGAUGAAAUUGAAAGCUUCAAAGGAAAGUGGCGUUAAUUGUAUCUUGGAACAUUUACCAAAAGAUAUUUCCGAAGCUGAAUUGCUUAAUAGAAUUGAGAAUAUCAAUGCUGAUAAUUCAAUUCAUGCUCUAUUAAUCCAAUUACCACUUCCAAAACACCUAAAUGAAACUUUAAUUACAAAUGCAGUAUCUUACACAAAGGAUGUUGACGGGUUUCAUCGUUAUAAUGUUGGUGAAUUAUCAAAAAAAGGUGGCGAACCAUUUUUUUUGCCUUGUACACCAAACGGUUGUAUGAAAUUGUUACAGGAGGCUAACAUCGAUCUAUCAGGUAAGAAUGCCGUAAUUAUUGGAAGAUCUGAUAUUGUAGGGACUCCAAUGGCUUCUUUGUUGAAGAACAAGAACGCAACUGUUACUGUUUGUCACAGUAGAACUAAAAAUAUUGAAGAAAUUGUUUCAAAAGCUGAUAUCGUAGUCGCUGCUUGCGGUAAAGCACAAUACGUGAAAGGAGAAUGGUUGAAAGAUGGUGCAGUAGUUAUAGAUGUCGGGAUUAAUUAUUUACCUGAUUCGACAAAAAAAUCAGGUCAAAAAUUGGUUGGUGACGUCGAUUAUGAAUCUGCUAAAAAGAAAGCUUCAUUUAUUACCCCAGUACCUGGUGGUGUUGGACCAAUGACUGUUGCGAUGUUGGUACAAAACGUGUUGACCGCAGCAAAGAGACAACUGUUUGAAUCUGAAAAACCGCCGCAUAUAACUCCACUUCCAUUACAUUUGAAAAGGCCUGUUCCAUCAGAUAUUGAUAUUUCAAGAGCUCAACAACCAAAAUAUAUUGGUAAGGUUGCUGAAGAACUUGGCGUUCGAGACAGUGAAUUAGAAUUAUAUGGCCACUACAAGGCCAAGAUAUCCUUGUCAGUCCUGGAUAGAAUAAAAGAUCGCAAAGAUGGUAAAUAUAUUCUUGUUGCUGGUAUUACCCCAACUCCUUUAGGUGAGGGAAAAUCGACCACUACUUUAGGAUUGGUUCAAGCUCUAACCGCUCACUUAAAGAAACCAUCAGUAGCAACCGUUCGUCAGCCAUCAAUGGGUCCAACCUUUGGUGUUAAGGGUGGUGCUGCUGGAGGUGGGUAUGCACAAGCAAUUCCUAUGGAUCAAUUCAAUAUGCACCUUACUGGUGAUAUCCAUGCAAUUGGAGGAGCAAAUAAUUUAUUAGCCGCAGCAAUAGAUACAAGGAUGUUUCACGAAAAUACUCAAAAGAAUGAUGCAACAUUUUACAAUAGGUUGGUUCCUAAGAAGGGAGGUAAACGUACAUUCACUCCUUCAAUGUUGAGAAGAUUACAAAAAUUGGGAAUAAAUAAAACAAAUCCUGAUGAUUUGACACCAGAAGAAAUCAAAAAAUUUGCAAGAUUGGAUAUUGACCCUGAGAGUAUUACCAUCAGGAGAGUUGUUGACAUCAAUGAUAGAAUGUUAAGACAGAUAACAAUUGGUCAAGCUCCGACAGAAAAAGGUCAAACAAGAGUUACUGGAUUCGAUAUUACUGUUGCUUCCGAAUUAAUGGCGGUUUUAGCUCUAUCUAAAGAUUUAAAAGAUAUAAGGUCCCGUAUUGGAUCAAUUGUUAUUGGCUCUAAUAACUCCGGUGAACCAAUUACAGUAGAAGAUAUUGGAUGUGCUGGUGCUUUAACUGCUCUAUUAAAGGAUGCUAUCAAACCAAACUUAAUGCAAAGUUUGGAGGGUACCCCAGUCAUGGUACAUGCUGGUCCAUUUGCUAAUAUUUCAAUUGGUGCAUCCUCAGUUAUUGCUGAUAAAAUUGCGUUGAAGUUAGUAGGUACUCCUUUGAAUAAAAACGAUGCGGAACCCGGUUACGUUGUUACAGAAGCUGGGUUUGAUUUUACUAUGGGUGGUGAGAGAUUCUUCAAUAUUAAGUGCCGCUCUUCAAACUUGAAACCAGAUGCUGUCGUAUUAGUAGCUACUGUAAGGGCCUUAAAGUUACACGGCGGUGCCCCUGAUGUGAAACCAGGUCAACAAUUGCCUCCUGAAUAUACGGAAAAAAAUGUUGAAUUGGUAAGGAAGGGUGUUAGCAACUUAUGCAAACAAAUCGAAAAUGCUAAAUCAUUCGGGGUUCCUGUUGUUGUUGCAAUCAACAAAUUUUCUUCCGAUACUGAUGCUGAAAUACAAGCUAUUAGAGAUGCUUCAAUCAAUGCGGGAGCUGAAGAUGCCGUAGCAACAAAUCAUUGGGAAGAAGGCGGUAAAGGUGCUAUUAAUUUAGCAAAAGCUGUAAUUAGAGCAUCUGAUAAAGCUUCUGAAGUUAAGUUUUUGUAUGAUGUCGAGGCCCCAAUUGAAGAAAAGCUAACUACAAUUGUACAAAAGAUGUAUAAUGGUGCUGAUAUUGAAUUAAGUCCCGAGGCAAAGAAGAAGAUCGAACUAUAUAAAUCGCAAGGAUUUAGUAACUUACCUAUAUGUAUUGCCAAGACACAAUACUCACUUUCACACGACCCAAAACUGAAAGGUGUCCCAGCUGGGUUCACUUUUCCUAUUAGGGAUGUUAGAGCAUCGAUAGGUGCCGGUUAUUUAUACGCCUUGGCCUCUGAAAUCCAAACUAUACCCGGCCUUUCCACAUAUGCUGGUUAUAUGAAUGUGGAGGUAGAUGAAGAUGGUGAGAUCCAGGGUCUUUUCUGA